AUGGUGUCACAAGUUACCUCCAAAUAUUUGAAAUCAAGUUAUAGAGCUCUUUCUCUCCUAAACCAACCAUGCCUCACAGUGGCUCAAAUCAAGCAAAUCCAAUCUCACCUCAUCAUCUCCGGCACCAUCGCCGACCCUUUCGCUGCCGGAAAACUCGUUGGACUAUUCACACUGUCCUUUCAAAGCAAUCUCUCCCACGCUUUCGACCUCUUUUGCCUUUUGCCUCACCGAUCCACCUAUGUUUGGAACACCAUGAUCAAAGCCUUUGCAGAGAAAAAUGAACCCACCAGAGCCACAUCUCUAUAUAGAGAAAUGAUGAAGAAUGGGUUUUUACCGAAUAAUUAUACAUUUUCUUUUGUUCUCAGAGCUUGUGCUGAUUUAUCUGAAUUGUAUCUGGGUCUAGUAUGCCAUGCCCAAGCGAUUAAAUUGGGUUGGGAAGGUUAUGAUUUUGUGCAAAAUGGGUUAAUCCAUUUGUAUGCUACUUGUGAUUGUACCGAUUUAGCUCGUAAAUUGUUUGAUAUUAGUUCGAAUCGCGAUGUUAUUACAUGGACUGCGCUGAUUAACGGGUAUGCAAAGGCGGGGCAGGUGGUGAUUGCGAGACAACUGUUUGAUCAAAUGCCAGAGAAAAAUGUGGUUUCUUGGAGUGCGAUGAUUACUGGGUAUGUGCAAGUUGGGUUGUUUAAGGAGGCUUUGGAGCUCUUUAAUGAUAUGAUGAUUACUGGGUUUCGGCCUAAUCAUGCUGGGAUUGUCAGUGUGCUCUCUGCUUGUGCUUUUCUUGGUGCUUUGGAUCAGGGUAGAUGGAUACAUGCAUAUAUAGAAAAGAAUAGAAUGGAGUUAGAUACAGUGUUGGGCACGACCCUUGUAGACAUGUACGCAAAAUGUGGGUGCGUCAAAAUGUCUCGUCGUGUUUUCGAGGAGAUGCCAUGUAGAGAUGUGUUUGCUUAUACUUGUUUGAUUUCGGGUUUGUCAAAUCAUGGUCAAAGCGCGAACGCAAUUGAAUUGUUCAUGAGGAUGAAUGAUGAAGGAAUCAAGCCAAAUGAAGUUACAUUAAUGUGCAUUUUGAGUGCCUGCAGUCGAGUGGGGUUGGUGAAAGAAGGAUUGAGAAUCUUCGAAAGUAUGAGUACUGUUUAUGGGAUUGAGCCCGGGCUUAAGCACUAUGGCUGCUUGAUAGAUCUCUUAGGUAGUGCAGGGAUGCUAGAAGAGGCAAAGCAAGUGGCAAGGAAGAUGCCCAUGGAACCUGAUUCUUAUGUAUUAGGUGCAUUGCUUAAUGCUUGUAGAGUCCAUGGUGAUGUCAAUCUGGGCAAAGAAAUGGUCGAGAGAUUGACUGAGCGGAGUCUUGAUCACAGCGGCGUUUAUGUUCUUCUUUCUAACAUCUAUGCCUCAGUUAACCGAUGGGAUCAUGUCGAAAAGGUGAGGAAGGGAAUGGAAGAGAAUAAGGUGAAGAAGGUGCCUGGAUGUAGCUUGAUUGAAGUUGAUGGCAUGGUUUGUGAAUUUGUUGCUGGAGAUAGGUCUCAUGUACUUAUGGAGGAGAUCGAAUUGUUAUCAAUAGGGAUCGACAAGCACUUGAAGUCUCGUUGCUUUGAUGAAGAUGAUAUCACAGCUGAGCAAGAUUACUUGGAACAUAUUGCAAAUGAAUAACUAAUGCUUGGAAGAAUCAUUAGUUCACAAACAAGCUGUUCAUGCAAGAGGAUGGUAGGGAUGAAAUACCAGGUACUAAAUGUGAAUGUGAGGAAUACCAUAGAGCAAGGCCAUGGCGACCAAAAAAGGUAAAAGUGUGAGGCCUUCAUUCAGUUGGCCUCUGGUAUCUUUCCCGCACUGUGGCUCAGAAGUUCACCCUGUUUGUGGAAGAGGAAACAUAAAGUAGCGGUACGAGGGGGCAUCUCCUCAGAAUGUGCUUUUCAAUUACAAAUUUCAUUGUUUUGGUUCUGCUCUUUCACGAGUAUUGAACUCAAGUAGACUUGCA